AGCGAGCGCCGCCUCCGAGGGGCGCCGGAGCCAUGACCCUCCGCCGACUCAGGAAGCUGCAGCAGAAGGAGGAGGCGGCGGCCGCCCCGGACCCCGCCGCCCGGGCUCCAGACUCGGAAGUCGCUCCCGCCGCUCCGGCCCGGACCCCGGCCUCGGGCUCCCCCGCCGCGGCCGCCAGCCCUGGGCCCCCUGGGGACGAGCUGUACGCGGCGCUGGAGGACUAUCACCCUGCCGAGCUGUACCGCGCGCUCGCCGUGUCCGGGGGCACCCUGCCCCGCCGAAAGGGCUCAGGAUUCUGCUGGAAGAAUCUCAGCCAGAGUCCUGAACAGCAGCGGAAAGUGCUGACUCUGGAGAAGGAGGAGAACCAGACCUUCGGCUUUGAGAUCCAGACCUAUGGCCUUCACCACCGGGAGGAGCAGCGCGUGGAGAUGGUGACUUUUGUGUGCCGGGUUCAUGAGUCCAGCCCCGCCCAGCUGGCUGGGCUGACACCAGGGGACACCAUCGCCAGCGUCAACGGCCUGAACGUGGAAGGCAUCCGGCAUCGAGAGAUCGUUGACAUCAUUAAGGCGUCCGGCAACGUUCUCAGACUGGAAACUCUGUAUGGGACAUCGAUUCGGAAGGCGGAGCUGGAGGCUCGUCUGCAGUACCUGAAGCAAACCCUGUAUGAGAAGUGGGGCGAAUACAGGUCCCUGAUGGUGCAGGAGCAGCGGCUGGUACAUGGCCUUGUGGUGAAGGACCCGAGCAUCUACGACACGCUGGAGUCCGUGCGCUCCUGUCUCUACGGUGCGGGCCUGCUCUCCGGCUCGCUGCCCUUCGGGCCCCUGCUCGCCGCGCCCGGGGGUCCUCGCGGGGGCGCGCGGCGGGCAGGAGGCGACACCGACGACGCCGUCUACCACACGUGCUUCUUCCGGGGCGCCGAGCCGCCCGCGCUGCCGCCGCCGCCACCGCCGGCCCGCGCGCCCGGCCCGGCCGAGGCUCCGGUCCCCCCGGCCCCCGCGGCCCGGGCCGUGCUGAGCCGCAGCGCCAGCGUGCGGUGCGCGGGCCCCGGGGGCGGCGGCGGGGGCGCGCCGGGCGCGCUCUGGACUGAGGCCCGCGAGCAGGCCCUGUGCGCGCCCGGGCUGCGCAAAACCAAGUACCGCAGCUUCCGCCGGCGGCUGCUCAAGUUCAUCCCCGGACUCAACCGCUCCCUGGAGGAGGAGGAGAGCCAGCUGUAGGGGC